CCUCUUCUUCUUCUUCUUCUUCUUUUUUUUUUUUCCUUCUUGGUAUCCUUUUUUUUGUUUGCUUCUUCUGCUCUGUUGCUCUGUGGCCAACAAUGGCGAUACUUCCCUUGAGACCGGAGAAUCAUUUUUUCUCCUCUCCGAUUCACGCACGUAAACAUAACUUCUCCUUCUUCUCCCACAAUCACAGGUCCACGACUCGCUUCUUCUGGAAAAACCAUUACCAUCCUCUGAAUUCUAGGGUUCUCUGCACUGCAAGUGGCACGGAACGUGCCAAAGAGAACAAGAAGUUUCCGGAGAAACCUACUCCGUUGGGGCCUUUGUUACCGGAUUCGGAUUCUGGAGGUAAUUUGGGCCUUAGUACGAAAACGGGAUUGGGUCGGAAGUGGCCGCCAUGGGAAAAUAUUCCCGAGAGAUACAAGCUUAUUAGCGCAACGUCUCUUGCCUUUGUCAUCUGUAAUAUGGAUAAGGUGAACUUGAGUAUUGCUAUAAUUCCGAUGUCACACCAGUUCGGAUGGAACUCAUCCGUUGCCGGCUUGGUCCAAUCAUCAUUUUUCUGGGGUUAUGCCUUGAGCCAGUUGCCGGGUGGGUGGCUGUCCAAGAUUUUCGGUGGCAGAAAAGUCUUAGAGAUUGGUGUAUUAACUUGGUCUUUGGCGACAGCCCUUGUUCCCGUCCUUGCUGGAUUUAUGCCUAGUUUAAUAUUUUGUCGGAUUUUGGUAGGAAUAGGAGAAGGAGUUUCUCCCUCAGCCGCGACUGACCUUAUUGCCAGGACGAUACCCAUAGAAGAGCGCUCAAGAGCUGUAGGCUUUGUUUUUGGUGGACUAAGUUUUGGAAGCGUUAUGGGGCUUCUCUUGGCUCCUCCUCUUAUCCAGAACUUUGAUUGGGAAUCGGUCUUUUACAUAUUUGGUCUUCUUGGGAUUGCCUGGUUCUUGGGGUUCCAAUUACUUAAAUCAGAAGAGGCUUCAUAUGUAGCUGAAUCUUUUGAAGGUCAUGAGUCCACUACUCUGUGUAUACCCCAGAAAACCGCAUUGAAAGAUUUGGGGAACUCUCUAAAGGAUAUACCGUGGAAUUCGUUUUUCCGAAGUUCAGCUGUUUGGGCUAUGAUAUACACUCACUUUUGUGGAAGUUGGGGUCAUUAUACAUGUCUAUCUUGGCUACCAACCUAUUUCAGCGAGGAGCUGAACCUGAAUUUGACUGAAGCUGCUUGGGUUUCCAUCCUUCCUCCACUGGCUUCAAUUUUCGUGACCAGUCUUGCUUCACAGUUUGCUGACUACUUAAUUUCAAAUGGAGUUGAAACUACCACGGUUCGGAAGAUCUGUCAAACCAUUGCGUUCAUGUCUCCCGCUGUAUGUAUGUCGCUUUCAUCUGUGGAUCUUGGAUUACCACCAUGGGAAAUAGUUGGAUUCUUGACCGGUGGCUUGGCCCUAUCAAGUUUUGCUUUAUCAGGACUUUACUGUACACAUCAGGACAUGUCACCUGAAUAUGCAAGCAUACUUCUGGGUAUUACAAACACGGUCGGGGCAGUACCUGGAAUAGUAGGAGUGGCUCUUACGGGUUUUCUCCUUGACACGACCCAUUCAUGGAGUAUGUCUCUAUUUGCACCAUCCGUAUUCUUCUACUUGACAGGCACUGUUGUAUGGUUGGCAUUUGCAAGUAGUAAACCUCAGAAUUUCACCAAGGAUGGAAUGGAAGUAAUGACUGAUGAUGAAUGAGUGAGUUUUCCCUUCUGACCAGACAGGUACAAAAGGUAAAAUGGUGGUAAUUUUUUGUUCCUCCUCAUAGCAUUUUACCCGGUCUGGGUUAUUUACUGCAUAGUUUCAAAUGUAAACACUUGCUGUAAAGUUGUGUAUACUUUUUUGUUACUUAAUACAGUUGGAAAUUCCUGAAAUUACCCAGUUGGUUAUUAAAAUCA